CGCUGUGAUAGCACUUGUACAAUCAAGCGAAACUAAAAAGGACGCGAAGGAGAAAAAAGCAGAUCCUUCCCGAGAGAGAGAGAUCAGUAGUGUCAGAGAUGGCGAGAGGGCAAGUUCUGAGCGCGUACCGGGCGCUUCUGAAAGCGACACGGAAAUCAUUUUCCGGCGACACCAUGAUGCUGAAGGAAUCAGCGUUGGAAGUGAGGAACAAGUUCGAGGAAAACAAGAGCGUGAGCUCCCAGGCGGAGAUCCAGAAGCUUCUCCUAGAGGCUGAAGAGGCCUCCCAUUUCAUCACCACCAUGAUCGUCCAGGCGCAACUCAAUCCCGAUUCUGGCACCUACUUGGUGAAGCCGGGUAAAGAGCAUGCUGGGGCAACGCUUGAACUUCCCUCGGAAGAAAUUAUUCGGAAAUCAGGAUAAGACAGGAGAGAAGAGUAAAAUCCAUUUGGGUUCUACUAAAUGCAGCAAACUCCCCCGGAAAAGGUGCAAUAAAGUGAGAUAUAAGGCUUGCACGAUGCUUUUAAAGAGCCUACCAUUUUCGAAACUAGUCAAACAGUUAUCCAAGUCCACCAUAAGAACUCUAUAUGGUCAUUCCCAACUCUGUUUUUGUACUGUUAAUAUUAAACUAGCGGCAUAACUACUUGUUCCAUCUUCUUUCUAGUUCAACUUCUCUCUUAGUCUUCCUUUACAAUUAUCAGAGUAUGUUACUGCUUGUGUUUAUUUUUCCUUUAUUCCUCGCAAAUACUGGUCAAUUAGUAUUUGCAAAAGGGAGAAAGUGUUAGAAAUGCUUGUGGAGUAACUGCUAACUAGGUAUCUAGACCUUUGUAUCUGCUCGCUAGCACCAUUUUCUAGCAAUGCUGGAAGAAGUCCCGCAAGUGGGCGAAAGCGAGAGUAUCGGUGACAAUUGGUGAGGUUAAGCAUAUCUAAUGUUUAACCGAGAGAAACAGAGUAGCACUGAGAUGUAAUAACAUCUUCGUAUUAAGGAUUUAAUUUGAUCUA